GGGCCGUAUAGGGCCCCUCCCGCCCCCGCUGCCGCCGCCGCGAUGGGACCCGCUCGGCGCCUCCUGGGCCUCGGGCUCUGCCUGGUGCUGGGGGCUCGGCCCCCUCCCGGCCUUGCCAGCACCAUGGAGCUGUGCUCCGGGUGCGGGGAGGGGGCCGUGUGCUUCAACAGCACCCACUGCACCUGCCCCCCCGGGCUGCGGCCCCUCGGCCCCCAGGCCGUCUUCGACAGCCCCACCGAGGCCUGCGACGACAUUAACGAGUGCACGGAGCAGCCCCCCCCCAUGUGCCCCGGCAACCGCGAGUGCCACAACACCCGCGGCAGCUACACCUGCACCUGCAUCAGCGGCUACCGCGAGCCCCCCCCCGGCCAGGGCAGCGACUGCCUCGACGUGGACGAGUGCCGGGAGGCGGCGGCGGGGCGGUGCCGCCCGCACGGGUUCUGCGUCAACCGCCCCGGCGGCUUCGCCUGCGCCUGCCGGCCCGGCUACGCCAAGAGCUCCCGCGACCCCCUGCGCCUCUGCACAGACGUGGACGAGUGCCAGCAGCCGGUGUGCGGGGCCGGGGCGCAGUGCCGCAACACGCCCGGCUCGUACACGUGCGUGUGCCCCCCGGGGGGGGGCACCUGGGUCGCCGCCCGCGCCGCCUGCCACAACGACACCCCGCCCCCGCUGCCGCCGGAGCUCUGUCCCCAGGGGCAGGAGCCCUGCGCGGUGACGGAGACCCUGGCCCGGCUCUACGGGGAGCUGGAGGGGGGGCUGGAGCCCCGCCGGUUCCUGCAGGCGCUGGUGGCCGUCCUGGACGGGGCGCUGGGCUUGGCGGCCCUGGGGGCGGCGGGGGACGUGGUGGGGCGUCACCGCGAGGCCACCGCGCUGCUGGCCGCCACCGAGGAGCUGGUGCGGCGGGCGGCCGCCCGCCUGCCCGAGACCACCGUCACCGUCACCUCCGCCAACGGCACAGAGCUGCGCCUGGCCGUGCGCCGGGCCCCCCCCCGCAGCCCCCUGCGGCUCCAGGACCCCGAGGUGCAGCUGGAGGUGCCCGGAGAGGUGGCCGCCGACGGGGACACCGGCUGGGCGCUGGCGGCCCUGCUCUCGCAGCGGGCGCUGGGCCGGGUGCUGGAGGGGGCGGCGGGGGUGCGCUGGGAGGGCUGGGAGCGCCUGGGCCCCCCCGGGGGCCGGGGCCGCCCCACCUACCGCGUCCUGUCGCCCGUGGCCUCCGCCUUCGUGGCCCGGGCCCGGCCCCCCCGCCGCGGCGACGUCACCCUCCGCUUCGCCCACCCGCCCCCGGACCCCCGGCGCGGCGGGCGGCUGCUCUGCGCCUUCUGGCACCCCGAGCGGCAGCGGUGGGCGACCGACGGGUGCCGGCUGGUGGCCACGGCCAGCGGCCCCCCCGGCAGCACCUGCGCCUGCGACCACCUCACCAGCUUCGCCGUGCUGCUCGCCUUCUACGAGCCCGAGGAUUGGGGCCUGGACGUGGUGACCAAGGUGGGGCUGUCGCUGUCGCUGCUGUGCCUGCUGCUGGCCAUCGUCACCUUCCUCUUCUGCCGGGCGCUGCAGGGGCUGCGCACCACCAUCCACCUGCACCUCUGCGCCACCCUCUUCGUGGCCUACGCCCUCUUCCUGCUGGGCAUCGAGCGCACCGCCGACCGGACGGCGUGCGCGGUGGUGGCGGGGCUGCUGCACUUCUCCUUCCUGGCGGCUUUCUGCUGGAUGGGGCUGGAGGGGCUGCACCUCUACCUGCUGCUGGUGCGCGUCUUCGCCCCCUCGGCCCUGCGCCGCUGGCACCUGCUGCUCGCCGGCUACGGGCUGCCCGCCCUCGUCGUGGCCGCCUCCGCCGCCGCCUUCCCCCAGGGCUACGGCACCGAGCGCCACUGCUGGCUCUCGCUGGACCGUGGCUUCCGCUGGAGCUUCCAGGCGCCCGUCUGCGUCAUCAUCGCGGUCAACGCCGUCAUCUUCGUCAUCACCAUCUGGAAGCUGGUGCAGAAGUUCAGUGACGUCAACCCCGACAUGGGGCACCUGCGGCGCAUGAGGGUGCUGACGGUGACGGCGGUGGCGCAGCUCUGCCUGCUGGGCACCACGUGGGCGCUGGGGCUGCUGCAGCUGGGGCCCCGCUCCCUGCCCCUCUCCUACCUCUUCAGCCUCCUCAACUGCGCCCAGGGCCUCUUCAUCCUCGCGCUGCACUGCCUGGCGCACCCCCAGGUGCGGGACGCUUACCGGGCCUGGCUGUGCCCCGGGGCCAAGCGCUACGCCGAGUUCAGCAGCUCCGGCAGCACCUUCAGCUCGCGGGUGCCCCGGCAGGAGUCGGGCAUGUAGCCGUGCGAGGCGGGGCCGUGCAAGACCCCUCGCACGAGGACGCGGGGGGGGCUGCCCCCCCCCAGGCUCACGCCAGCACUUUCCUGCUUCGGCUGCGGUACAGCACCCUCCGCCCCCCCCCGGCACCCAUGGGUGCCCCCCCAGCCUGGGGGCUCCUCUGGGUGCCCCCCCCGGGGGGGCGGCGUGGGGGGGCGGGUAAUUAUUAAAGGUGUUUUCACGUUUUCACAAGGA